CCCCCUUUAGCAAAAAGCUAGAUCCGCCCGCUGGCUACUUUCUUGAAACAACCCUCGCGGAAACGGUAAGAAAUGAUUAAAGCUGCCGUCGAUUCACAUGAAAUACAAUUUCAAAGCUUCGUGUGAGUUGCACCAUUGCUCGGCCAAGAACACCGGUUUAACACCCAGGGGUAAGCCUAGAGGCUAGCUAUUUAAGGGAGACAAAAUGAGUCAGUUAAAACUAAAUAGAUAAAAUAAAACAAAUUUGAAUAAUUGAAAUUAUUGAUUUCCUUUAUGGUGAUAUGACUUUGAAUAGAAGCAUUGCAACAUCGCAAAACAAGAACCUAAUAUGAAUCACACAGAGUGAAUCAAAAUAAGAAUGUAUUUUUCUAAGUCGACGGUCUCUUUUUGCGUGAUCUGACCCAUUUCAUCUAUUUUUUGCGAAAACAUCAGGCACUGUGCAUAUCAUUCUGUUUCUUUCCUCUUUUACCAGAGAGACAAACUCCGAGCAAGGCGUUCCGGGAAAGUUGACAUUUGGCGGCAAAAAGUAAAUACCAUCGAUGUAAAAGCAAUCAUUGAUUGCAUCAUCAUCAGCAGCAGCAUGGACACUAGUAACAUGAGGGAUAAUGCGUCUAGUUCGAGAACACUGAGAAUACAGCGCACUGCGUCGAGAAGGCUCGUUGUUUUUCCGCUGAACUUAUCUUAAAACAACAAUCUGAUAACUCAUUAAAGAUAACUCAAGAUUGUCAAUUGAACGUCACGCACCACAAGCUAUUGUAGCAUCUGCGUCAGAUUUGGUAAACAGAAGUCAGCGAUCACUUUAAGACCCGCGAUGGAGAACCAGGAGUUCUCAAGUGUAGCAUAUGGUAUGAUUUCCCUGUUCUACUCGUUCCUAGCGGUCACCGCUCUUACAUCAAAUGGCGUUUUGGUCUAUUUGUUUUUAAAAUACGAACAACUACGCAAGACGGACAAGAUGUUGUUUCUGAGUAUUGCUGUUUCUGACAUGAUCGCCGCGGUCGCCACCUUUCCGUUAGGAGCGAUUGCCAGCGCUCAUGAGCGCUUUCGUCUGCGGGGAGUAACUUGCACGUACUACGCAUUCGCCAGCACUACCCUUGGAUUUAACGCAAUGCUGCACUUCACGGCGCUUUCUAUACAGAAGUACACGUCAUUUUCGCGUCCACUGCGCGCCGAUACCAAGAAGCGCCAUCUGCUCAUUGUUAUUACAAUACUGUGGCUGUUCUCAGCCUUAUGGGGCCUCUUUCCACUGCUUGGUUGGUCAUCGUACGCUCCAGAGACCGGGAAUAUCGUCUGCUCACUAAACUGGACAUCUACUUCAAAAUCCAGCAUCUCAUAUAUUAUCUCUAUCUUUGUUUUAUUCUUUUUUAUCCCGUUGGUGGCAAUUUGCGUCUCUUACAGCUUAAUUUUCAAGACAAUUCGAAGCAUGACCCACAAUGCCGCUAGAACCUGGGGUAGUGACGCCCAAGGGACGAGAGAUACCUUCAGUGCUCAAGUGAGAUCUGCGCGCCUCGCGUUUAUGAUGGUCUUGGCGUUCGUGUUUGCUUGGACGCCCUAUGCAGUAGUAUCCAUCUACUCGGCGUUAUUGAAGCCUAAGUUACCAUUAAUAGCGGGCAUUUUACCUCCCUUGUUUGCCAAGACGUCUACGUUAUACAACCCUUUGCUUUGCUUUAUCGGUAGUCCUCCGAUUCGCAAAUGUCUUUUCAAGACGUUUUAUAGACGAACACACAACCGUUCAAACAGUGGAGGGUCUUUUCGUCUAAGAGUAUUGAGAUACCACAGGCGUUCACUUGUCACAAUGACUUCAACUUUAAAAUGCGGGGCAGCCGACCCGGAUAUUGCAGAUACGUCUGUUCCUACUGACUCAUAGCAUUCUUUUCAGUAAAAUACUAAGACCUAAAGUGCAAAGAGCGAGUACAACACAAGUGCAAUCGAAACAGUCACAUAAUCUUACGCUUGUCUUUGGUGAUAAUGCAAAUACGAAUCUUGUACUUGCGUUUCAAAGUAGAACAAUAUGGUGCACCUUGCCGCUAGGUCGCACCCUGAAGAUAAACGAAAAGUACUACAAGUUAUUAGCGGGGAGCUAGAGUUCUCCGAUUAGGAGCAACUGGAAAUUAAUGACUUUAGGAGAUUUAAGUCUGUUUAAUUUUGCGCAGAAUUCGAGCAAUACGAGUCCAGUUAUCGGGGUUUCAUUGUACAUCGUAGAUUAAGAACAUAAUAUUAUCAAUAAUUUAUUAUCUUGUUAAAGUCUCUAUGAUUAAAAAUCAUUGUGUUUCUGAAAAUGUCUUAAUGAAUAUUGACCAAAAUUUUGACAGCACGGUCAAUUUAACUCUGAAUUCUGGCAGAUCUAAACUUUUUCGAACAAGGGCUACAACUUUUUUAUAUGUGCGUGUCUCGUUUAAGAUUUCGGAAACGGUGGUUUCUCGUAUUUUAAUACAAGAGAUUGAAAUCUUUGUUUAUCUAAAUUUAUUUAAGUCUAAGGUCUAUCCAUAGCUGUUGACCAGUGUACUUAAAAUCAGCCCUUGCGCAAAAGCUUCCGAAAGAUUUUACUAAAAUAAACAUAAACUUUGUUAUAAAUCAAAUAACCUUGUCAAAUCAUGAAGUCAUCUCUACCAACAGAAAACCAUUAUGCAACUUGAAAAAAUGUGUACAGAUUUACAAAAUAGCCCAUGUUUUCAAUUUUGGAAGAUUCCCAGACAUGACUAAAGUGCACCAACUAAAUAAAGUAAAAAUACUAAUGA